GACACAUGAACAAGUUGAAUGCCCUCUAUAUAACUAUGAUUGCAAAAUGCAGAUGAUCAAUUGAAAAAGGAUCACUAACCAAAGUUGAUUAAUGUUAAGCUGUUUUAAAUUACGAGUGUUUGUUACUUUACAAAACUUUGCAGCCAAGGGAAUGACUAAACCGGUUGAAGAAUGUUGCACAUGUGUUGAGUGACAAUUGUUUAUUGAUCAAUGGCCGUCAUAAACCCGGUUUGAAUUAUGGCAGUUUCUACUGAAGAGGUUUAGUUGUAAAUCAGUGCCAAUACGAUCAACUUUUGGAUAAUAAAAAAACGUGACGAAAACUUUUACAUGGCGCUACUAGAAUGUGGACGUUAUGCGUACUGUUUUCUUGGAUAAUUAUUUUCGGUUGUGUGAAUGGCCAAAUAUGUCCAGUCACGUGGCAAACAUCACAGCAAUCAUGUUAUCUGUUUUAUAUGAUUGAUCCCAGAGAUUAUACAGGGGCCGUGGAACAUUGUCACAUAUACGGCGCGGCUCUAGUAUCUGUAAACAGCCUGAGUGAACACAGUUUUAUAACCGAACAAUUGAGAAUUUACAACGCUGCUGGGUACGAAUGGUAUACAAGUGGAACUUCCGGUGAUACAACAAAUAACGUGGAAUGGGAGGGUGAUGGUACUGUGUCAACAGAGGAAUGGUGGAUCAGCGAUGAGGAUAGACUUUUACCAUUUCCUAGAGUUGUCUAUAAAACAAAUGAUAUAGUUUAUGGAUGGAGCCGAGUACAGUCAAUGACAAAACUACCGUUUAUAUGUGAAAUACCCCGGAACGAGGCUUACAGAAUAGCACAAGGGGAACGGGGCUUCACUUAUGGAACAAACCUUACUGAUGUAAACAGUGCACCAAGAGGACCAAAGUUUAUUAUUCAGCCGGAAAAUAUCGUAGUUAUUGAGGAUGACUCUAGGAUUGACGCUGACGAUGAGACAUUUACAAUAUCCCUGGAGUGUAUGGCCGAGGGGAGUCCAAUGCCUACCUACAAGAUAAAACAUACAUUAGAUGAUGGUACAGAAAUUGACAUUUCCGCCGAUAUGGACGGAAGAUAUACUGUAAUAGGUGGAAGGCUGGUUAUAGAGAAUCCCUCGGAGUCAAAAGACGCGGGUCUAUACCAAUGUGUGGCGACUAAUAUCUUUGGUACGAUAUACAGUGAAUUGGCUAGUAACAUCGCGUGCAUGUAUGAGAAACAAUGUUUAACAUUUUCUGCACAACAUAUUUCAGUUCUGGAAUAUUUUAGUAAUGUACAACGGGCACCAGUUGUUGCUCUGGAGUACCAGAGUGUGGCUAUUGAAUGUUCCCCGCCACCAUAUAAACCAGCCGUGAGUUACCAGUGGUACCGAGGUGAAAUCGCUGAUUUUGUGCGACCAGAACUCAAUCCGUAUGUCUUCAUCUCUAACAAUGGGAAGCUUUACUUUUCUGAAGUCACUAAGAACGAUGAGUCAGACUACCGGUGUAUUGUCAAGCUAACUUCCGGUUCAGACAAAAUGAGUACCGACCAGCCGCCAAGUCGUAUUAGUCUCCCUAUACCAUUAGAUAUAAGACAUCAAGUACCGGCAACUUGGGGUCCAGAAAUUGCGGAUGGAUUUAUUGCCUCGUUUCCAAAUAAACCAUUGCGUGGCAAUACAGUAAAACUUGAGUGUCUUGCAUAUGGCACAUUACCGUUUACAUACACGUGGUCAAGAAAAGACUUCCAGUUGCCUACAACGAGCACCCUUAGUGAUCACAAUAGAAUACUCGAGAUAGCCAAUGCCCAGCUGGAGGACGCGGGAACUUACUACUGUACGGUGAUGAGGGACACAGGGGCUCGAGUUCAGGCAGUCCAUAACCUUGUUAUUGAAGCCCGACCUUACUUCCGAUUCCCGUUGCCCGACCUGCACGCCGACACCGGAAGUCAACUAACUUGGCGGUGUGAGGCAAAAGCAAUUCCGCUUGGGGUCUACAUUUGGUAUAAAAAUGGUGAAAUUUUACAAUCAGUCCCUGGUGAUUUUGAAGUAAAGAGGAACACUAUAAAGUUUCAAAGUUUAGAUUCAGCUCGGCAUGCCGGAAUGUACCAGUGUGUUGCCAUGAACACCCAUGGCUACUCAUAUAGUUCAGCACAACUCCGUGUACUCUCAUUUAAACCAUCCUUUCACAAACGUCCAAGAAAUCCUAGCCAGACGGCAGCCAUUAACGGUCAUGUCACAUUAGAUUGUUCCCCAGAGGCUGCACCUUUUCCAGAAUUUACAUGGACCAGAAAUGGCGGCAAUAUUAAUCCAACGCCGGAUGAUGGUUCGUCACGUGUUCGACUACUUUCAGACGGAAGUCUAUUUAUAGCACAAGUACAAACCGGUGAUGUUGGGACGUACUGUUGUGUUGCAACAAAUAUUUAUGGAUCAGAUACAAGUUGUGGCGAACUUAAAGUAGUUUCUAACACAGUUAUAAAUAUGCGGCCACAAAACACGCUGGGCAAGAUUAACCAGACGUCCGUGUUACUUUGUGAUGCGUCAUUUCCGGGAAACGUUGACAGUAUUUAUGUUUGGCGAUUCAAUGGACGUGAGAUCAACCUUAGAAACAAUCAACAUCUUACACUUGGAACGACGCAAUAUCCGGGAGCUUUAUAUGUAAGAUCAGCACGGUAUGAUAACACCGGCAUGUACACGUGCGUUGCCAAGACAACGUAUGAUGCUGUUAAUGCUUCCGCAGUGUUUACUGUUGAAGGACCACCAGGACCUCCUGCUGGCGUCAGGCUAGAUAGAAAUACAAUUACAUCAACUUCUGCAGUUGUAGUAUGGACAGAGGGUGAAACUCAUGGCCGACCGACACAGUUCCAUAACAUAGAAGCAUGCACCGAAUAUAACAACACGUGGGCGCCAGUGUACACAUACAUACCUUACACGUUAUCCCAGAUAACUGGUACACAAAAACAUGCAAUAAAUGUUGAUGGUUUGAAAUCUGGCAACAGUUACUAUUUCCGAGUGAGAGCAGUGAAUGCUUUUGGUGUUGGGCAAGCUAGCAGAAGCUCAGCUGUGUAUAAAAUACCCGGUGCACCGCCAUCAAAGUACCCGGAUAAUGUUGGAGGAGGAGGGGGUAGCGUGGGAAUUCUUACCAUCACGUGGACACCUCUACCUCCAGAAGAUAAAGGAGGACCUGGAAUAGGUUAUGUUGUAUACUGGAGACGGGCAAAAAUAUUAAAACAGGAUAUUGUAAAUGAAGACACUGGCACGUAUGCCACUACAGUUGGUUCGGAAUACUUCUACAUGUUGUAUGAAGUUAAAGUUUCAGCCUUCAACGAGUUUGGUGAUGGCCCUGUAUCACCUGAAGGUGUUUACAUCUACUCUGCCGAGGAAAUGCCAAUAGGAGUUGCAAGAAACGUGUAUGCCUUUGCUUACAACUGUACGGCGUUAGAGGUCACGUGGGAUGUUAUACCAAACGACAGGGAACAUAUGAGAGGGAAGCUUCUCGGAUAUCAAGUGAACUACCAACUUCGGUUCGUAGACGGUGCUUCACUGGAUGCAAUAAGUUGGCGAGGAGAGACAUCCUCUGGUAUAGUGAUAGGUUUGGAUCCCUAUACAUGGUAUACAGUUGACGUACAACUUCUCACGACGGCAGGGAUGGGUCCGAGAGGAGAGGUUUAUCAUGCUCAUACACAUAAAGAAGCUCCCAUUUUAUACCCUACUGAAAUCCAUGUGUACUCUCAUACUUCCCAGAGUGUUAAAAUUAUCUGGCGAGGUGUAAGUACCACAAGUAAAGAAGAAAAUCUUGAGGGAUACAAGGUACAUAUCAGUAUAUUUAAGCGAUUAAAAAGACAUUGAGAUAUGCCGCCUAAA